AAUUAUGUCUCAUUAGCUAAAGUAAAUUACUGGUUAAACACUGUUAUUUCAAAAGAGAAUUUCUUAAUUUUCAUCCUUGGAUGUUAUUGGGUUAACAUUCAUCUGUGGACUGGCUAAUGUUGGUGUUAUGCUAGAAAAGCAUGCUAGUGAAGAGGAGCUACUAGGUCUCUACUUAACAAAAAGCAUUGUUCCAAUAUGUCAUAUUUGACACCCAGUCCCAUGAGCGAAGGGGAUUAUCCUGUGACACUUCAAAUGACCAAUUGUUAUGUGGGAAAGAGGGUACUUAUGAGCAAUCUUCUUUUUAAUCAAGCACGUUGGUGAAGGAACUAUAUAUAUACCAGGGAUAUGGUAAGACGUGUUUGCUUUGAAAUAAUCACUAUUCACUCUUUGAAGAUGUUGGUAUCAACAAGAGCUCAAAAUUUUCUCUGGAGAGCUCAAAAUCAGAUGUCAAGUUAACUAUAAUACUACUUUGAAGGAGAAGAAACUGCCUUUGUCCCUCUUAAAUGACUGUGGGAAGUUUAUCGCCCUGUGGUAUUGAUACGGUAUAAGAUGGAACACAAUGGGAAACAUCUACAAAUCUAUCUGAUUUAUGUGAGAUCUCAAAAGCUUAUCAGUUAUGGGAGUUCAAUAUGAAGAUUCUACAUCAAAGAAGACUGGGAGAAAAAGGUUUUUUCCUUCUCUACUAUUUAAUGUAUCAUCUCUUCUACUCUUUAACAUUGGAAUAAAGAGAAUACAAAAUAGAAGAAAAAUAAAACUCUACCUUUUGAAUUUAGAUGGAUAACCUUCUUCCAACUUUUUUUGAUAACUUACCUAGUAGUUCUUAUACGGAACUGUCUAGUGUAAAAUAAUAACUAGUAACUUAACAGGCACUCCAUGUUGCAAUGAAUUCUAGCCCAAAUAGCUUGAAGAAGAAAUUGGUGGUGCUGUUGAAUAAGUCUUCCAUUAUCUAUUUUUAUUGUCCUAUUCUUUAGGAAUUUGUUGGAGCUUGGUACAUUGAGGGGACCAAACACAGCAGCUAAUGGCGUCUGAAACCUUUGCGCAGCCAGCAAUUCCUCGUUUUGAUGGUCACUAUGAUCAUUGGAGCAUGCUGAUGGAGAAUUUCUUGAGGUCCAAAGAGUAUUGGGAUGUGGUUGAGUCUAGAAUAGCAGAACCAACUGCUAGGAUGUCAAAAGCUCAGAAGGCAGAGUUGGAGGCUUUAAAAUUGAAGGAUCUCAAAGCCAAAAUUUAUCUCUUUCAAGCAAUUGAUCGGACAAUCUUGGAGACUAUUCUUUGCAAAGAUACCUCCAAGCAAAUUUGGGAUUCAAUGAAGAAAAAGUACCAGGGAACCACAAAAACAAAGAGGCAGCAACUUCAAGCACUUCGUUCGGAGUUUGAAAUACUUCGAAUGAAAGAGGGCGAGACUGUUACUGACUAUUUCUCUAGGACAAUGGCAAUUGUCAACAAAUUGAGGACCCAUGGUGAUAAGACACAAGAUGUUACUGUUGUUGAGAAGAUACUGCGUUCAAUGACACCAAAAUAUAAUUUUGUUGUCUAUGCUAUUGAGGAGGCAAAUGAUCUUGAUGAAAUGUCACUUAAAGAACUUGAAAGUUCCUUGCUGGUACAUGAAAGGAAGCUGAAUCGACAAGAGCAGAAUGAGCAAGCUUUGAAGGCCACAAUUGGCACCUCUUCUUCAUUUUCAAAUAGAUCAAACAGAGGAAGAGGCAGAGGUAGAGGAAGAAAUCAGCAAACUCAGUUUUUUGAAGGAAGAGGAAGGGGGCGUGGCAGAUUUAAGAUUUCCUACAGACCAAAGUCAGCAGACAAGUCCAAAGUUGAGUGCUUUCGAUGCCACAAGUAUGGGCAUUACCAAUCUGAAUGUCGAGCUAAUUUGCCUAACAAUGAAGGAGAAAAAUCAAAUUUUGCACAAAUUGAGGAGGAAAUAUCCUUGCUGAUGGUAUGUCAUGAUGGAGAAAGGUCUAAUAAGAACCUGUGGUAUUUAGACACUGGUUGCAGCAAUCAUAUGUGCGGAGACAAGGCAGCUUUCUCCAUCUUGGAUGAAUCUUUCAGAGAUAAUGUGAAGUUUGGAGACAAUUCUAAAGUCUCGGUCAGGGGAAGAGGACAGGUGACCAUUCAAAUCAGGGGUAAUGCUGCUCAAACAAUUUCUAAUGUCCUUUAUGUUCAAGAAUUGAAGACCAAUCUGCUAAGUAUUGGUCAAUUGCAAGAGAAGGGUUAUGAGAUUAUCAUCAAGAAUCGAGUGUGCCAAAUUCAAGAUUCCAAAUUGGGCUUAAUUGCUCAAGUUAAAAUGACUACUAAUAGAAUGUUUCCUCUUCAUCUCAACUGUGCUAGUCAGUCAUGCUUCUCGGCAAAGACAAAUGAUGUGGCUUGGCUGUGGCAUUCUCGCUAUGGUCAUCUAAACUUUGGUGGGCUCAAGCAACUUCAACAAAAGAACAUGGUGACUGGUCUACCUGUUUUUGAAAGUCCCUCAACUGUUUGUGAAGAAUGUGUUGUUAGCAAGCAACACCGUGUUCCAUUUCCAAAGGGGAGAUCAACUAGAGCAAGAAGGCUAUUGGAGAUUGUAUACUCUGAUAUUUGUGGACCAAUUAAUCCAGUUUCCAAUGGAGAAGUUGAUCAAUCUGCUGCUGGUAUCUUUAUUUCUCAGAAAAAGUAUGUUCAAGACAUUUUGGACAGGUUUAGAAUAAAGGACUCCAAUCCUGUCAGCACACCAAUUGAUGCAGGAAUGAAGCUUGUUAAAAAUCCUAAAGGGAAAAAAGUCAACAGCACUUUGUACAAGCAAAUAGUGGGAAGUUUGAUGUAUUUAAAUGCUACAAGGCCAGAUAUCAUGCAUGCUGUGAGCCUUAUCAGCAGAUACAUGGAAAGUCCAAAAGAAAUGCAUCUCUUGGCAGCAAAAAGAAUUCUCAGGUACUUGAAAGGUACGGUUGAGUAUGGUCUAUUUUAUAAGAAAAGAGAAAAGUCAGACAUGUUUGGCUUUACAGAUAGUGAUUUUGCAAGGGAUGUUGAUGAUAGAAAAAGCACAUCUGGUUAUGUUUUUAUGAUGGGUACAACAGCUGUUUCAUGGUCAUCAAGAAAGCAACCGAUUGUGACUUUAUCAACAACUGAAGCUGAAUUUGUAGCAGCAACUUCAUGUGCUUGCCAAGCAAUAUGGUUGCUGAGAAUUCUUGAAGAAUGUCAUUUCAAGCAAGAGGAACCUCUUAUUAUUUUCUGUGACAAUAACUCAACAAUUAAGUUGUCCAAGAAUCUAAUUCUUCAUGGAAGAUGCAAGCAUAUAGAUGUGAGGAAUUAUUUCUUGAGGGACCUUGUGAAAGAAGGAGUCAUUGAUCUUGUCUAUUGCAGAAGUGAAGACCAGCUUGCUGAUAUUUUUACCAAACCUCUCAAGUUGUCAGCAUUUCAGAAACAAAGGAAGUUGCUUGGUGUUUGUGUGUUAGAGAAUUUAUUAAACUGAACUUUGAUACAAAGUUUAGUUUAAGGGAGGGUUUGUUGAAUAAGUCUUCCAUUAUCUGUUUUUAUUGCCCUAUUCUUUAGGAAUUUGUUGGGUGGAUGAUGCAUUGAUGAUUUCUGUUAUCUAAACCAAUGGUUUUUGACUCAAGACUUAUUCCUCAUACAUUUAACUCUCUGUACAUUUAUUGGCAUAGGCAUAAACAUGAUUGUAUGGCUCACAUUUAAAAAAUUUAAUUGUGGAACUGUGAAUCAUGCAUUACUUAUAUUCUACUUGCUGCUUACCUUAGGGUCUUUGGCAAAUAUUGAGAUGCUAGCAGAGGAGGGAAACUUUAGAACUUUCUUUGGCCUUUUUAAGUUUUUGCUAAUUGUUACAGUUCUUUGUCCUUUUAAAGUUUUUGCUAGUUGUUACAGUUUUGCCGUUCAUUUUCAAUCCUUGCAGUUCUACCUCUAAUUUGCUCCUGAAGAUGUCUACAAUGGACGUGAAAUGAUUUCCCAGAUUUCUGAGGGUGACUCCUUAUUUGGUUACAUUUAAAUACUCUUGGUACGGGUCAUAAAUAUGGAGGAUGCUUCUGAACAUUAUGAAGAAGUUAAGAAGGAUGUAAAGAAGGAACACUGGGAAAAAGCAUAGAAGAAAAGUCCUGAUCAAUUCGGUGUGCCUAGUACUGUGACUGGAUUUCUGGUUGCAGAAGCUGCACCAGUGGUUCCGUGCUUGGAUUUCUCGUUGCAGCUGGAAAAUUUAUAAUAGAUCCAGAUCAAGCUCCAAGAGGGCAAGUAAAACCAAUUGCUCAUCUUCACAUGAUUCUAAAGCUCAAAUUGUUACUCAAUGAUGACAUGCAAGAUGGAAUGGUUGGGCAGCCUGGUUUGAAUUUGUAAGCAAGAAAGGAACUAAAGCCUCAUUGACAGAAAUUUCAUUUUCUACAUUUGCCAUUUCGACAUUAUAGAUUGUUGAAUACCUGCACCAACUGAAAAGAUGGGAACAUUUUUUUUUUCUUGACCAAAAGUAUGAGUGUUGUGUGAGUCAAUUAACGCUAAACAGUACCAAUUUGUUUGCAAUUGGAAGGGAUAUGGUUGAUUAGAUCUGGAAACUAAUAAACUGAUUAUUUCGUC